GAAUUGGUGCAAUGCAAGUCAUGUUGCUGACGUGCACAAUCGAUCUCUAGCCAUUGUGACGUCUCGUACAGUAAAGUUUUCCAAUUCAUUGCCAUAGAACUCAUUUCUAGGUAUUCUACAUUUUCUACUAAUAUCGAAACAGGUUGAAAACAGAAUCAACUACGAAAAUACCUUGUCCAGUCACCGAAGUUAUUCAAGCCGAAUCAAUUUUCACAAAUAAAGCUCAACACCUCGAUGCUGAACAAAAUUCACUCAGUAAGAUGAGUGACACAGUUGUUCGCAUUACGAAUUUGCCCGAAUCGAUGAUCCUUGCCAAUAUCGAGGAAUUGGUCAAGAAAAUUGGGCCGUAUCAGAAAAUCUACUUGGCUCGUGAUUACAUGACUCGACUCUGCAAAGUAUUCGCAGUUGUUACAUUCAAACAACAUGCAGACGCUGCCGAAGCAAUUCAACAGUUGAACGGGUACAAUUAUGAUGGCUUCAUUCUCAUCGUCGAAUGGUCUCAGCCACAGUAUGCCGCAUCAAGAGCAACGGUGUCAGAAGAUUUGAACCAGCCAUUCAUCGCAAAGAAGAAGCAAGAAAAGAAGUCGAAUGAUCCAGCUAUUGAUCCAAUGCCGAACUUUUCCAAAUGUUGUUUUUGUUGGGGUGACCAUUCGACAAAUGACUGUCCACGCAAGGAUACAUCGAUGCAAGCUGCAAAAUUGGUCGACGUGAAACCACCAACAACGACCGAAACGAUCGAUGCCAAGCCAGACAAAUGUGUGCUACCAUCUAGUUUCACCGCUGAUGCCGCGACUAUUCACAUUACAAAUCUGCCCGAAUCAAUGGUUUUUGCCGAUCUUGAGGAAUUGGCAACGAUAUUCGGACCACGUAAGGAAAUUUUCUUGGGGCGUGAUCCCAUCAGUGGACUCUGCAAAGGAUUUGGUUUUGUUACAUUCAAAAAACGCAGGGACGCUGCUAAAGCAAUUGAACUAUUGAACGGUCAUAAAUAUGGUCACUUGAUUCUCGAAGCCGAUUGGGCCAAGCCACAAGUUGCUGCACCAACCGCAACGGUGUCAGAAGAUUUGGCCGUGCCAAUCAUCGCAAGCAAGAAGGUAGAAAAGAAGUCGAAUGAUCCAGCUGUUGAUGCAAUGAAGAACUUUUCCAAAUGUCGUUUUUGUGGCGGUGACCAUUCGACAAAUGACUGUCCACGCAAGGAUACAUCGAUGCAAGCUGCAAAAUUGGCCGACGUGAAAUCACUAACAACAGCCGAAACGAUCGAUGCCAAGCCAGGCAAAUACGUGCCGCCGUACAAAGUUAGUUGUCCUGAUGCCACAUCUAUUUACAUCACAAAUCUGCACAAAUCAAUGGUUUUUGCCGAUCUUGAGGAUUUGGCAAAGAAAAUUGGACCACGGAAGAAAAUGUUCUUGGGGCGUGAUCCCAUCACUGGGCUCUGCAAAGGAUUUGCUUAUGUUACAUUCAAGCAACACAAAGACGCUGCUAAAGCAAUUGAACUGUUGAAUGGUCAUAAAUAUGGUCACUCGACUCUCAUUGUCGAGUGGGCCAUGCCACAAGUUGGUGCACCAACCGCAACGGUGUCAGAAUGUUUGGACGUGCCAAUCAACGCAAGCAAAAAGGAAAAGGAGUCGAAUGAUCCAGCUGUUGAUUCCAAAUGUCAUUCUUUUGGCGGUGACCAUUCGACGAAUGACUGUCUACGCAAGGUUGCAUCGAUGAAAACUGCAAAAUUGGCCGACGUGAAACCAUCAACAAUGACCGAAACGAUCGAUGCCAAGCCAAGCAAAUGCCUGCCAUCGCACAAAGCUCAUUUCACUCCUCGAUGUGAUGACGCCACAAGUAUUUGCAUUUCAAAUCUCACCGAAUUGAUGAUCGAAACGGAUCUCGAGGAAUUGGUCAAGAAAAUUGGACCAUAUAAAAAAAUCUACCUGGAGCGUGAUCGUAUCACCGGUCUCUGCAAAGGAUUCGCUUAUGCUACAUUCAAAAAACAUAAAGACGCAGCUAAAGCUAUUCAACUGUUGAACGGUCAUGGUUAUGAUCACUUGAUUCUCAAAGUUGAUUGGUUGAAGCCAAAAGGUGCAGCUACAACAGCAACGGUGUCAAAGGAUUUGAACAUACCUUUCAUCACAAGCAAGGAUAUUCGUAAACGGCACCGUAAAUUGGCUGACGAUAUCGCUAUGGCUAGUGCCAAACUGGUUAAAUAUAUUCCACCGUACAAGGAGAAGCCUGCCAAGAGAAUUCGUCGUCAUGAUUACACGAGUGUUCGCAUUUCGAAUCUUCCCGAAUCGAUGGUUGAAGCCUAUCUCGAGUCUUUGGUCAAGAACAUUGGAUCAUGUAAGAAAAUCUUCCUGGCGCGCGAUCGUACCACUGGACUCUGCAAAGGAUUUGCCUUUGUUACAUUCGCACUGCACGAUGACGCUGCUAAGGCUAUUAAACUGAUGAACGGUCGUAAUUUUGAUGACUUCAUACUCAAAGUCGAAUGGUGCAAACCAUUCACACAAAAUUGACAACUCUUUUUGCUUUACGACACAAACUCAUGGUUAAGAACAAAAAUUCCGUUUUGUAGCAAUAGAAAAACAUACAUGUAUUUGCAUUCUUACAUCUAGUACCUAUCACACAUUGAUUAAAUAAAAAAUAACGGUAACAAAA